AUGAUAGCGUGUUCUUUGUAUAUUGUUAGUUUUUCUUCCUUCUCUCUCUGUUUCGCUCUCCCCAAUUUUCUGAAACUUGGUCACUUGCAAAAAUAUGACACAGGAUCUGAUCGGAUCGGAUCGGUUCAGAGAUUUCAAUCCUAUGGAAAAUGAUGAUCUAAAAUCGGAAGAUCAGAUGGAGAUUAUGAUGAUGAUGCAACAAAUGGAAAAAAUCCCUGAAUUUUACAAUGAUUUCUCACCGCCAUCCUCUGAUUUCAGCUCAAGCACCACCGAUCACCCACAUUGCCACCUGGACUCCUCCUCCUCACCGCCUCCAUUAUUCAUCAACAACCCACCUUAUAAUUUCCCCCAACAAUCUACUGUUCCAUUCCCGGCCACCACGUCACGGUGGCGAAACUCCGGUGGUGAAACGGAGAGUUUACGGAAACAGAGGUCAGUAGCGGCGAUGAGAGAGAUGAUAUUCCGAAUAGCAGUGAUGCAACCAAUUCACAUAGACCCAGAAGCGGUGAAGCCACCAAAAAGAAGGAACGUCAAGAUUUCAACUGACCCACAGAGCGUAGCGGCUCGGCAUAGGAGAGAGAGAAUUAGCGAAAGAAUUAGAAUACUUCAAAGAUUAGUCCCUGGAGGUACUAAAAUGGACACUGCUUCCAUGUUGGAUGAAGCUAUUCAUUACGUUAAAUUCUUAAAGACCCAAGUUCAGUCCCUUGAAAGAGCCGCCGCCGCCGGUGCCGGUGCCGGGAACCGCCCAAUUACUGGUGGUGCUGCAAUAGCACCUAGCGUUGGGUUCCCUUUGGAAACGUCAACCGGGAGCUACAUCCCUAAUCACUCACAACCUUGACCAAUUUGGAGAUGUUGCUUAAUUAUAUUAUUAUUCUAAUUAAGAAAUUAGGAUGAAUUUAAGGGUUGUGAAAAAUGAAAGCCCUCUAUUAUAUCUCUCUCCGU